UGAAAUUUUCCCUGAUGUGUCAAAAGCAGCACCAGAAAAACCCCCAGCGAGCUGGAGGAGUUAUUGAAACCACUUUGGUGCCUCGUGACCUUUCCAUGAGAAGUUUGGAUGAAUAUCCUCCCAAAAAAACACUCACUGAAAGAACAAAUUGAAAUGUUUGAGGGAAAAGCCACAAACCCUCCAAAUGUGGGGACAAAAGCCCCUUGGGGUGUGGGGCUGCUCCUUCCUGCACUUCAAAGCUCAUUGUGUUUCUCCCUUGGCUCCGGGAUCCCAGCCCCGAUCCCAAACCUCCCCUCCCCCGGCCAGAACCCUUCUCCUGGUGAAAUUCAAUUCAAUUUUAUUUUCUUUUAAAAGGAAAACAAUAAAAAAAAAAAAAAAGAAUUCAUUAAGGAAUAAAGGCCAGGCACAGGCUGAGCCUCAGCUGGAGCUGGUGGCAGCUCCCCAGCCCUCUGCAGCGCUGCUGGAGCAGAGGGCUCCAGAUCCGGCCCCAGUCCUCUCCUGGGGGAUUCCCAGAGAGGUCCUGCCCUUCCCCUUCCCCUUCGUGUUUCCCUUCCUCUUCCAUUUCCUAUUCCUAUUCCUCUUCCACCCAGGAGCCACUGGAUUUACUCUACAGGAAUUUGGUGAUGGAUGGGGGUGAUGAGGGAUGCCAGGAAUGGAGGCAGGGGAGGGAUGGAUGGAUGGAUAGAUGGAUGGAUGGAUGGACAAAUGGACACAAGCUCAUUUUGACCAAAGCCUUUCCUCAAGAGCUCUACGUAUGCCGAUCUCCCUUUGGUUGCUUCUUCCUUUGGAUUUUGGGAGUUCCUGACCCGCUCAUCGCAACCCCUGUGGCUCCACAUCCCCGCCUGGCUCCCUCACAGGUGAAAGUCUCCUCCUCCACCCCAAACAAGGCGAUAUUUCUUUGUGGGAUCAACUGGGUUGAAAAACCAUUUUCAAAACCCCCCAAAGCCGCCGCUGAGCUCCAUGGCUGGGGCUCCCUUGGCACCGAGAACGUCCCUGACAUCCGGGCGGCAGCCGGAGCAUCUGUGCCGGAGGGCUCGGGGUGGCGGUGGGGAGGGAGAGAGGAAAUCUGGAACCCAUAAGCUCCAGAGCCGCUGGCGUUCCCCUGCAUUGGUCUGCGCCUGGUCCGCCCCCGCCCCGCUCGCCCUAUCAGCAGGAGCCGUUCCCGAAGUCAUCCCAGCGCCCUCCUCUCCUGGCCCAAAGGAGAAGCCAAGGAGCUCCUUGGAGGGCUCUGCGGGGCUUGGGGCGCCCGGGGAGCCCCGAGGGCGAAUGCUCCGGGCCGCGCCUCGGGAGCCCAGGGAGCCGAGGAGAUGAAGGAGGAAAACCUUUCCCCGGAGUCCCCCGAGGGCAGCGCGGCCACCAGCGAGGACGAGGCCGAGCGGCUGCCCAGGAAAAGCGGCCGCAAGCGCGGGCAGGGCCCCGGCGGAGCCCCCUCGCCGCAGGGCAAGCGCAGCCGGCGCAGUCCGGCCCCGCAGCCCCCCGAGGACGCCCACGCCCAGCGCGUCAUCGCCAACGUGCGGGAGCGCCAGCGCACCCAGUCCCUCAACGACGCCUUCGCCGAGCUGCGCAAGAUCAUCCCCACGCUGCCCUCGGACAAGCUCAGCAAGAUCCAGACGCUCAAGUUGGCCGCUCGCUACAUCGACUUCCUGUGCCAGGUGCUGCAGAGCGACGAGCUGGACCACAAGGUCGCCACCAGCUGCAACUUCCUGGCCCACGAGAGGCUCAGCUACGCCUUCUCCGUGUGGAGGAUGGAGGGCGCCUGGUCCAUGUCGGCGUCCCACUGAGCCGGGUCUCCACCUCGACGGAAGCAGCUCCAGCACCCAAAACCCCACGGGAGCCUCCCUGGAGAGAGGAGGGAACGACCCCCAGACCCCCGACAGCCCCGGGGACCCCAAAAACUUUAGGAACGAGCGCGAGGGAG